UCAUUAAUAUUGCUUAGCAACGCUGUCCGAUUCCCCUAAAACCUACCAUUUCUCCCGUACCCUCUUACAAUUCGUUCACAGUUAUCAUGCUUCUGUUUUUUGGUAUCGUAACUCUGCUGUUCACACCGUAUGAUGGAGCCACAGGGAGUUUAAAUAAGAUAAAAGCACUGAAGUUUUCUAGUAACAGCUACAUCCGGUACAGUCCUGACAUGAGUCCUCUCACCAACAUCUUCUCGAUCUGUGGGUGGGUAAAGGACAUCGGGUCAUCAUCAUACCGGACAAUCCUUAUGUAUUAUAAUAGUAUUGCUGAGCUGAUAAUAUUUACCGAUGGAAGUCACAUAGCUCUCUUUGGAUCAUAUCAACACCUACAGAGCAAGUUCUCUGUAGCGAAAGGCCAUUGGCAUCAUGUCUGUAGUACGUGGAGUCUAGAGUCUAGGUCUCACAGUUAUUACGUGAAUGGAGUGCUGUUAGGGUCACGACAAACAACAGCAGGAAGGACACUGAAAACGGGUGGAGAGCUCACUCUAGGAAUGUACGGUAGUAGUUAUCCUUUUGAUGGAGAGAUGAUGUAUCUCAAUGUGUACGCUAAAGAGCUGUCCUCUAGCGAAAUAGCGAGUAUAGUGGAGAAGGGAAUGUGUAAUGUAGAGACAGAUAAGCACGAGUCUUCUCGGGUCAUCAAAUGGGAGGAACUGGUAAAGCUAAGAAGGACCGGAACUAUCACUGACGUAUACAUAGACGAGUGCCUUGUCCAACUUGGAUCAUCAUUUGAUCAAAAGGUAGCAAAGCUGGAAGGAGCAGAGAGGAAACUGAACGAAACAGCUGAUGAGUUGACGGAGACACGACAAAAGUUGAAUGCGACUAUUGUUGAGCUGACAGAGACCCGAGAACAACUGAAUUCGACACUUGAUGGCUUGACGGAGACCCGACAAGAAUUGAAUGCGACCCUGGACGAGCUCAAGGGGUUACUGGCCAAACAAAACAAUACUUGGGACUGGAAUAUCUUCCUAUCAGAACAAUUCCUGAACGAGACCUUCACAACGGAACACGCUCAACUGCUUCGCUCAAGCUGGGAAGAUGCGGCAGAGAGACUCGUUGGAUUCACUCUCACAGAUAAGCUGAUCAAACUAUUGGAUUUCUUCGACCCCGUUGAAAACAGGCCGUGGUCAAUGUUGUACUCUGAAAACUAUCUCAACCAAGUUUUUACCCGGGAGAUGGCAAGGAGAUUGACAAACAUUUGGGAUGGGAUAAGUGAAAAGUUAGUAGGAGUAAAGAUGACAGAGGAGGUGAUUCAGUUGCUCAAAUAUGUUACCGAUAAUUCCAAUUGUGGGAAUUCAUAAUUGAGAAGCUUCUGACAUUUACAGCACAUCUCUUCUGCUACAACGGACAUUUGGAUUUCGGGGACUAAAACACAUUUAAGUCUAAUUUAGACAAUCUACAUUAUCAAUUAUACCCAACUUAUCAUAUAAUAUAUAUAUACAUAUCAUAUAAUUAUAAUUUAUGUGAGAUAAAAGUGAAACCAAUAGGCAUAGAUGAUAGAGGGAAUCAAGAGUGGUACGAAAGCAAAAUAAUAUAUUGCAAAAUCCAUUGGCAUUAAUAUCAUUAUUAUCUCAUCGCCAUUUCUUCUAAGUCUUAUCUCUUCUUUGCUGUUUGCAUUUCCUUUUUUACUUUUAUCAUUAAUAUGGGACCAGGGGCCAUGGGCCAUGGGAGUGGCCUAAAAAAUUUAUUGGUGAUCUAAAAAAUUAGAUCGGACAAUUUGAAAUUACCGGGGAUGUUCAGCCUGAAUUUUUGUAAUCACAUUUGUGUCUUUGUAAUCACAUGCUUGUCGCUUACUUUACAAAUACGUGCAUGAUUUUUGGGAAAAAAUGUCUACUGCAUGACAUUGUCAUUAUAAUAUUUUUUGUCGUAUUCUUUGUUCUUAAAAAUGUUGUAUUCACGAAUACCAGCUGGCAGUCAGAAAUAUAUUAAAAUUAGAAAUUGCUGAAUGAAAUAUUAAAGUUUUGCAACUUUUUAUGAAUACACUGACUUACUUGACUUAAGGCGGUUAGUGUUCUCGUGAUCCAUUGACAACAGUUCUCCACAGCUUUCUGUCCUCCAUCAGUCUAGCUAUCUCAUCUACUGACUUCAGCCCAGUAUCUGCUUUUAGGUUAUCUAGUAGUGUUAAGUAAGGUCGCCCCCUGUUAGUAUCAUGCCCAUGACUCGGCCCGGCUUCCGGAGGAUCACUUUGUUCAAUGUCAGCUCCGGAUGUCGGUGAGCAUGACCUGCGAGUCUGAGCCUUCGUUGGGUUAUCUUGGAGCUGACUUUGGGAAGAUCACCGUACAGACUGUGGUUGCAGAC